UGCGGCCCUUGCUGUCAAGAAGAAUCGCACAAGAGUGUGCCAAUUCUCUUUCAGGACCCUCGACACGACCUGUUUUGGCGGGAAGGAUAUGAAUGCCUGACAGAAACUUGCGAAUGCAAUAUGAUUCUGAAUGAUGAAGGGCCUUUCUACUCUUUCUACCUUUAUAUAAGCCUAGAUACUGAACAUAAGUCAGCAACGUCCUGUCAGCCGCGGUCAAAUCAGUCUUUGAGGUGAGGAUCAAGAGCUGGUACGCACUCAAGAUGGACACGACAGAGCCCACUCCGUUGGUGAACUCUGCAUUGUUGAGGCGAUAUCAAGGGAGGCGCGUGCGGUCGGUUCUGAAAAUUGUUGGGAGGACGAACGACGGCAUCCAGUGCUUGGCGGCUGACAACGGCACCGUCCUAGUGAGGCCUUCUCCCGGGGCACAGUAUGCGUCACCGUUCGUGGAAGUCAUUGGGGUCGUCGAGAACGAGACCACAAUCCGGGAAGACUCAUAUACGAACUUUGGUGAAAACUUUGAUAUGGGAACGUACAAUCAACUCGUAAACUUGUCCAAUGGGGAGCACUCACAUUUGUUCAUAUAGUCGCACUAGGCUUGAUGUUGGAUCGAUGACAUUCGAGUUUGUACAUUAGUUGAUUGAGCUCUUUGUUUUGAUGCGAUCAUAAAUAACGUGCUGCCACCACUAGAUGGUAUACAGUGAAAAGGAUCGGGUUCUUGCCUUUGAGAAUACUGGAGACCUGAAGGGAGUGACUGGUACCUAACCCGUUUUCAGCCACGUGUGGCAAGAUUGCGCAUGCACGAGUUGCCAGAAAUCAUCUCUGUCGCCCUCCUUACCUGCCCAGAUUAGAUCGACGGCAUAGGCAACGACUCAGCCAAUAGAGCAAUUCAGCAUGACCGAACAUGCUGUAAUGCGGCCAAGCACGCUUCACUCUAAUUUCAAGCUGUCAAUCUGAUCCUUUUUUGCACCAGUAACAAUUUCGUCCCUUAAGCGUCUAGCCUCGGUGGCAUACAGCACGAGCAUUCCACAUUGCACUUGGAUGGAUGGACA